UAGCUACCUAUAGGGAGUGAAGUGCGGGUUUGAGACGUUUUAGCUAACUUACAUCUUAAAUAUCCAGACUAUUUUCAAACAGUAAGCUGUUUGUUUAGUUUUAGAAGAUUUGAUAAUGCAGACCUCGUCUAGGAUUUAUUAAACUCGGAAUUGUAGGGUGAAUUCAGAUGAAAAGAAAUGGCCUCACCAGAGAACCUCCUGGCGCAAAGGAACAAAAUACAGCAGCAGAUUUUGGAGCUAGAGAGCACUCUGGGUGUAGAUAGUAGUAUCGUAGACCUGCUCUCAUCAUCCAGUGGCAGUGAUGAGGAGUCUGAUGACAGCGGACAUGCAGAGCAAGAAAGGGUACCAGAUAACCUUGAGGUAAAGCGUCAGCAAAUCCAGAGGGAGAUUGAUGAGCUGGAGAGAACACUUGGUGGAGACGCAGCACUGGUGGAUAAUCUAACAGACAGUGAACAUGGCUCUGGCAGUAAUGUCAAUUCUAGUAAUGAGGAUAGUGAUGGUGAUGAGCUGGAACUUCCUGAAAAUGCAGAGACUUGCCUGCAAGUGAAUUUGGUCUAUCAGGAGGUGCUGAAAGAAAAACUAGCUGAACUCGAGCGCCUCCUUAGUGAAAACCAGCAACAGCAGAAAGAGAUUGAAGCCCAGCUCUCUGGUCCUGUGCCCUCUUCCGCGGGGCUGCCUCACCUGAAACUCUUCCUUGGUACCUUUAUGAAACCAUACUUUAAAGACAAGCUCAUGGGUCUGGGGCCUCCAGCAAAUGAAGAAACCAGGGAAAAGAUGAGUCAGGGGACGAGAGGCUGUGAUGAGAUGAAAAUUAGAAGAUGGGAGGCAUGGCAGAAAACACUGCUGACCAAAUCUGUAGCCGCAGACACCAUGAAAAGAAUGCUGCAGCCUAAACUGUCCAAGAUGGAAUACUUGACUACAAAGAUGUCUAACGCAAAAGACGAAGACAAAGAAGAAUUAAAAAAACAGAUUGCUAUUUUGGAGAAGAACAUUGCAGAGAUUAGCUCAAUGAAGGAUGAAGAACUGUAUGGUAAUCGACAUGAUGAUCAUGACUGGGACAAAAUAGCAAAUACUGAUUUCGAGGGCCUCCGCCAACCUAACGAUUUGAUGAGAUUUUGGCAGAAUUAUCUGCAUCCCUCCAUCAACAAAUCCACAUGGAAACAGGAUGAGAUUGAGAAGCUUUCUGAAAUUGCAGAGGAGUAUGAUUUCUGCCACUGGGACCAGAUAACAGAGGCUCUUGGGACCAACAGGACAGCCUUCAUGUGCUUCCAGACAUACCAGCGUUACAUUGCUAAAAGCUUCAGGAAGAGAGAUUGGACUAAAGAGGAAGACCAGGCCUUCCGUGACCUGGUGGAUAGGAUGAGAAUUGGCAACUUUAUACCGUACACACAAAUAUCCUAUUUUAUGGAGGGCCGUGAUCAUGCCCAGCUCAUGUACCGUUGGACAUGUGUUCUUGAUCCCUCAAUAAAGAAAGGCCCUUGGUCAAAAGAAGAGGAUGAGUUGCUGUUGAAAGCUGUGGAGAAGUAUGGGCGAAAGGACUGGUGGAAAAUUCGAGUGGAGGUACCAGGCAGGACAGACAAUGCAUGCAGAGAAAGAUAUUUGAAUUGCCUGCAAGAAAAUGUGAGGAAAGGGACAUGGAGUGUUGAAGAAGUGGAACUGCUGAAAAGAAUGGUUGCAAAAUAUGGUGUAGGCAAAUGGUCUAAGAUUGCUUCAGAAAUUCCAAACCGGCUUGACUCCCAGUGUUUGAACAAGUGGAAGUGGAUGAUGCAGACCUCUUGUGUUCAAAGAAAGAGAAAGAGGCCAGCAAGAGCACAGCAACAACAAAGAAGAAAGAAAGUGACACGAAAAAAGGUUCAAGUAAAAGACGACAGCGACUCCACCUCUGAAGAUGAGAAUAUAAAAGUGGAGUACAUGGACAGCGAUGAAGAAAAGCAGAAAGACAAUGAAGCAGACAUGCCUUCAGAUACCGAAACAGAUCCCAGAGAAGAAUACAUCCAGCCAGACAUGAAGGAGUGGAUCCCUGUAUGUGGGAAGGCACAAUUGCAUAGUUCGAAGACUUUGAAAACGGGAUUGGUCAGGCUGCCCGAUGAGAAGGAAGUGAACAACUCCCAUGAGAGCUGGCGGCCAAUUCGGAGCACUGUGUUAAACAACAUGGGGAAGCCUGUUAAGACUUACGUGAAUAUAGUAGUGUCAGCAGUAAAUAAGUGGGAUCUCUACAAUGAAAGGAGCAUGAUCAGGGUGCCUAUGAACGAUAUCAAACUCUUUCUUUCAAAGCUACGGGGACGUGCCAAAACCAUAACAACGUCUUUGAGUAAAGCACAGGAGAAUGCACCAAGAAAUGGACAAAAGAUUACCACAAAAAAGAGGCGUCAAAUACUAAGCCGCAGACAUGACCGCUAUUACUAUGAUUUAAUGAUGGCUGUUGUUCCAUGGCUUGGCAACAUGUUAAUUCCCCUGCCACAGAGUGAAAGGAAAGUUUGUAAAGCUGACGUUGUCCAAAGUAGAGGAGCAGAUAUCCCUCUCCCAAAAACGCCAGUGUUUCUGCUUUUCCUGAAGGUUCUUCAAAUUGAUGCUGAGGGCUGCAAGAAAGUCAUCGAGGCUAUGAACACCAAAGGGACACCAUCUACUGGGCUGAGACCCUAUGAAGUCAUACCAUAUGCCAACAGUUCAAAUGUUAAGACUGUGAGGAUGCUGCUUGCUGAGAGGGAAAUGAAGAAGGCAGAGGCAGAGAAGUCUUCAAAAACUCCUCAAUCAUCUGAAGUAGCACUUCUUUCAAGUCCUCCACAGAACAAGGACCCUCAGACAAGUUCUAGUCUGAUGGCUCCCCAAACUUUUGUUGUGGCCCAGCCAAAUACACACCAGCGAGUAGGAAUCCCGCAGCCUGUUGGGCAGAAAAUUGUUCUUCUGCAGUCGGGAACACAGGGUGCCUCACAAACUUCUCAAACUCUUCCUCAGACAGUACUGCGACUGGUUCCGUUAGAACCAGUGAAAUCAGCUCUGCCAGCAGCUCCACCUGCUUUUUCUGCUUCAUCCACUUUACCAGAGCAUUCAGACGAAACGAGGGCUUCAAAACGCAAACGGCAGCCCACAGAGAAAGCACAAGCCUUGAUGGAAAACAUCAGAGCAAAGUCUUCCAAGAGAUCUUUGGAUAAAAAUAAGAUGCAAGAUGUUGCCCCUGCAGUUUCUGUAAUGCCACAAGCUACAGCCUGGAUCGUCACGCCUGCAGGUCUGAUGCCUGUGACUGGAAUUCAGCUACCAUCUCCUGUACCUGGGGGUGAUAUAAACCAAGUAAACUCCAGUGUUCCUAAGGCAACCCAGCGAAUAGUGACCCAGAAUGCCGGAGUUGUCAGUGCUGUAGAACCAAGCAAUCUAACAAAUGUUCUGCCAACUGGUGUAAAAACUUCUGGAACAGCUACAUUGAUGACACCAACUAGUGUUUCUUCAGUCCCACCUAACACUACAAUGCUCACGUCUGUUCCUGGAUCUGCAAUCAAAAUGCAAAGCCCGAAGUUUUUGAAUGUUGUCCCUCAAACGCCAUUUCAGCCACCUAUAAUAGUGAAUCACAUUGGUUCCCUCGGAAUACUUUCCAAUGUUGUGAGACCCAAGACUUCUUCAGAUUCCUCUCAAGCUUCCAUUGGCAAUAAAUUGGACAUUACCAGUUCUACACCAUCUUCUGGUUCAACUGCAACCAAAGACUCUUCGGCACCACCUGUAGUCAGCACUUUAGUUGGUGUCUCCUCACCUUCUGCCAUCCCAACUUCACCUGUGACCACUCCAGCCCAACCAAUUGCCUAUAACUUUUUUAGUCCUUUAGUCCAGAUGCCUUCGCCUGCUAUCCGAAACCCAAGUAAACAGAAUCAAAAAAUGAUGAACCCUCAGAUAGUCCCUCAGGUGAUGUUUCGCCAACCUCUUAUAAUGAACCAGAAUGGCACUUUAACAGUCAUUAACACUGCUGGACCAUGCCUACCCACAAAUCGCUUUCCAGCCCCCAUUACAAAUGUUCCAAAAGUUCCACCUAGCCCAUUAUCUAGUGUCUCUUCAAUGUCCUCUCCCAAAAAUGCAACAAAUUCUGUCACUGUCUCUCCAGCUCCCACAGUUGUAACAUCCCCUGCUACUCCAGGGGUCAAUUUUAUCUACGGUCUCCCAGCUCCCAUCCAGAGCAGCUCACCGGUCAACAUCCAAACUCCAGCUACAGUCCGAUUCUGUGCCAAUAAUGUUAUCAAUCCAGGUUACCAGAUUUUGCCUCAAACUGUGGUGCGACUUGUCCCCCCGCAGGCCACAAAUCCACCCCUUCAGACGACCACCACCACCGAAAGUCCGAACCCCAUCUCCAAUCCCAACCCCAGCUCCAAGGGUUUGUCUUUAGACUCUGACCUCAUGUUUGUAGAGGAUCCAGCUCUGGUGAGGAAGUGGAUGAAAGGUGAUGAUGGAAUUUCACUGCCUGACCUAGAACACAAGAUGCCAUAUCUUCCUCCGUUUGUCAGCAACAUCAAAACGCUGGUGUCUCUCCUAAAGGCAAAAGAGUCGUUGUUGAAGGAGGCAUUGCAUCUGCUGCCUGAGGAAGAGAGAGUAGGAAGUGAGGAGGAAGCUAAGGUCUCUGCUGUUCGUAAAGUGGUGUCAGAGAAGUUGAAAUCGAACCCCGCGUACUCUCUUCUUAAGGCUCGUUUUUUAUCCUGUUUUACUCUCCCUGCUUUCCUGGCCACAGUCCAUCCAUGCAAAGAACCCGAAUUCAGUGAUCUGCAACAGCUUGAAGAUGAUGAGGAUGAAAAAGACAAGGUCCAGCCUGCUGAGUCCGUCCUCAACACAAAUGAAAGUGAAGCAUCAGCAACAGAGUUCUCUGGCAUGAGUGCAAAAAAGUGAAACGCAUGACUGGGAAUGCCAGACUGCCAUGCCAGUGCAGAGUACUUGCCAGUAAGAUAUUCAGAAAUAAUCAAAAAACCCUAUUGCCGUUGUGUUUGUUCGCUUUUUGGUUGAAUUGCUGAUAAAGUGUUCCUAAAUAUGUUUCAUGUUUAAAUUAUUAAAAUGCACUAAAAGGCUGAGAGCACAAGCAAAAGUUAAACCUAAAAUAUGUUCUGUUACUAUAUUAUUAUUUUUUUACAGAGUAAAUUCAGAGUAAUUGUUUUAAAGUUAUUAUUUUUUCAAUAAAAUAAUUUGUGUAA